AACAGGGAAGCGAGAAUGGUCGAUGGCUGUCUCACUUCCAGGAGGGAGGAUGGCCGCGAGUAUAAAAGGGCUCCGGGCCCAGAUCCCUUCAUUCGCUCGUCUUCUCCUCCCUUCACCUCUCCUCACUCUCCAGCAGGCUCCACCCUUGAGAUGCCCAACGGGUGUUGCGGCGGAUGCUGUGGCAACAGCGGCCGGAAUUACUCGGUGACCUGCAUUAGCAGCCCCCGCUGCUGCAAGACCCCGAUGUGCUGCAGCCCCAUGCAGUGCUGCAGCCCCUGCUGCAUGCCCAUGCAGAGCUGCUGCAUGCCCACCACCUGCUGCUACACCAUCAGCAGCAACAACAACAACAACGGCUGCUGCGGUGGAUGCUGUGGUGGCAACUGAGCGCUCCCGGCUCGCCCUGAGCUCGGCUACGGACGUGGACAUGGAAAACGCGCUGAAUGCUCCUCCUGCUGUGCUCAGACCCUGUAGAAAUUCCCUUUUCUGCUGGUUUUUUUUGUGCCCCGAAGCCGCUGCCCAGCGCGUUUCUGGCCCGGCUCUUCCUUCCCCUCUCUCGGUGUGUGGGAUGUUUAACGCUGUCUCGCUCUCCCUUCUCUUCCUUUAAUCCUCAAUUAGCGAUGAAUCAAUAAAAUCUGUAAGUUGUGAUCCUGCAA